AUGAUUUCGAAAAUUUUAUUUUUGGUUGUCUUGGCUGCAGCUUCAACUUCAGCUUCAUCUUCCAUUCCAGAAUCAGAUUCUGAAAAUCUAACUCCACAAGAAUCCAAAGGCCUCGAGAUUCUUCGAAAACUUUUCGGAAUCCCGGAGCGUAAGAAAGACAGCUUCCAUGCUCAUGUUUUCCCCAAAAAACACUAUUUAUCGCCCGGAACUCGACAUAGCCCAAUUAUUGUUCAACUUCCAAAGAGAAGAAGACAUUCUGAAGCUGAAAUUCGCCAAAAAGUGUUGGCAAAACUCAUUGAAUUGAGCAAUAUUUUCUAGUAAGCUUUUCCUGGAAAAAAUGUUUUUGAAAUUUUUCUGAAAAUUUUUCAGCCUUCCUCCAAAAGAGCAAUCAAUCAAUGUGAGAGAGAUAUAA